GUUUAAUAAGAACAGGAGAACAUUGCGAAAGCCAGCAGUAACAAGACACCUGUGAGAGGUCCAGAGAUGAUCAGAAACAACAAGCCAGACAAGAAAAAUGCUACUCCGACACUGAAGCGCCCUCUUGAGCCUGUUGGUGAAGACCCUCCGGUAGAGUCACCAUGCCUUAAGGACAGCCUUCAUCCGAUGAGGUUACAGAUAUCUGCCCUGCGUGAACUUGAAAUAACCAACUGUCUUUCACCAAGAAAACGAGCAAGAAAAGAAGUCCAGUGUGUGAAAUGAACACUGAGAAUUUGACUCCAGAUGAGCUCAUCUCACCGACUGACCAAGAGAAGGAGAUGGAAGAGGGCAGUGGUCAGAAGUUGUCUGUCACCCUUGGUUCCAUGGAACUCACCGAGGAAAGCCUAACCAAUGAGAAUUUUGAUCUGUCUGUAGACUUCCUGGGCCCAUCUGACAGGUACACGCGUCCACCUCUGAGAGCCUGUCUGUCUGAUAGAUCAUAUUACAGGCCUGAGACCCACACUGACAGCCCGUGUCAUCCUGAGACUGUGUAUAGUAACAUUAGGAACAAGGUACAGCAGCAGAACAAAGAAGUGAUUGAGGCAGCUGUGGUGAACUGUGGUAGUGGACUCCAGACAGCCUAUGACCAACUUAAAUCACCAGCCACUUCUCGCUGUGUCAUUUUGUGAUGGUUUUAGUCUCUUGAGGGCAGUGUGCAAUUAUAAACGUAAACAACUCAUGGAUAUUGGAAGGAUUGUGAGAGCCAUGAAAAAGAUAAAAAACUUCAAAUGGAAACAUUCCAGGUUUUACCUCACCUGGGAAUUUGAUGUGUCAGUAACUGAAGCAUUCUCAGAAGACAUUCUGUACAAUAUUCAAUAACUUUCAACUUCACUGUUGUUGAAAAUUGUUAUGAAACAGUUGUGAACCUUUAAGGUGGAUAAACAUAUGAUAGCAUGUUUUUUGCAUUUUUCUAUGAGAAUGCAAAUCUUGCAAGUGCCAAAACCAAACCAAAAAACAUUAAUUGUGUGUGUGUAACCAUCAGCUCAUGAUAUGUACUAUUGAGUUGCAGUGUGAGGAUUCCAGAGAGAACGUUUGCUUGUACUUGAACAUAAGACAACUCUUUUUCUUCUACUUUUCGUAUGUUUUACCUGGUGUUGUUUUAAAAUGUAUUUUGAGGGCACACACCAAAAAAGUUGUAUUUUCUCUGAAGCCCAGAUGUUGGCCAAACCAUAACUUAUCACCAUAAUAGAAACAUUGAAGCAGAUAAAUUACAUUCAAAGAUACUUUUAAACAUGUGAGAAGUUGAAGGAUUAGGACUAUGUUUGCAUAUUAACGGUCCCAUAUAGCUUCACUUUAUUUCAUUGUCAUUCCACAUGCACAUUCUACAGCACAUGCUGUAAAUGCCUGAAAAGCCUGUGAUCAGGAAUUGUGGAUAUGUUAUUUAUUCAAGAUAAAUUCAAGCUUAUAAAACUGAUAUACCAUUAAUUGGUAAUUUGGAAUACAGUGUUCAUGUAUUUUUGCUAUUUCAAACAUAUGUAACAGCCAGUAAAAUGGGAUAGACUGUAAGAUAGUUUAGAGAAUUCUUAAGAAAAUGUAUGUGUAAAUCUUUAUUGCAAUAUCAUUCAGUGUGUUCAUAUUACGACACUGUUAGUUUUGCCAUUAGUCAUAUAGUCAUUUCAGUUACUGCAUGUACUGUCAUACCUGAUCAGCAUUGUUUGAAAGUUAAUGUCACAGUUUUAUGUGUACUUGAUAUGUAUCUCAUCCCAGAAGAUGUAUUCAGAGUUGAUGCAUACUAGUAUAUAGUUGUGUAGUGUUUUUCUUAAUUAUGGACUAUUCAAAUUCUUUAAGAUGUUUUGUACAUUUUUGAAUCAUGAUGUACUUUAGUUUACUUACAUUAUUCCAUGAAUCAAACAGAUGUUUUCAGAAACUUUGUCAUUCCCUAAACCCCACCAUAUAUACUGAUAGAUUCUAAUAUUGUACGGGAAACGGUGUUAUCAAUCAGUGAAAUAAAAUGAAAAAUACUUUGUGGCUGUGAUUAUUUUUUUUAACCAAUGUUUAAUGCACUGGAUCCAAUUUCAGCUUUUGUGAAUUUUGUGUUUUGUAAGAUAGAAAAUGUUUCAAAACAAUGCUUUUUGACUGACCACAAGACAGACCAGUAUUCCUUCAGAGAAUUAAGUGUAUUGGCUGACAGAAUUUAUAGUUUGCUUCUUUGAAUAUGGUGGUGUUGCCACUUUUUCUCCUUGGGUAUACACACUCUGUUCCAGUGAAUUCACGUAAAUUCUCAUAUUCUUGUGGGUCCAGAAGAAUGUAAUAUUUUUAUUAAACCUGUAGAGGUGUACUAAAAUAUUAAUCAUGUGACGAUGUGAAAUGCAUCUCCUUGUUUACAAUGCAAUGUGUCCGUCACUUAUGCGGACUAAUUUCUACCAGUACAAGCAUCCAAAUAUAAAUGACUCUGUUCCAAUUUGAAAAGUAUUCCACAGUGGCGGUGACUAAUCCGUUGCCUACUUGCAUGUAAAAACACAAUAUGUUCACUGCACUAGAUUGGAUGUCAGGUUUUGUAAUGUUUGUGUAAGAUGAGAAAGUGUUCAAAAACCAUCCCUGUUGACUGAAUAUAAGACAUGCCAGAGAAUUACCGUAUUUCACCUGAAGUUCAGCUUUUUUCAUGCACAUCAUUUUGUUUGAUUCUUAUUGAUUCAUCCACUUUACAGGGAAAUAUAAGAAUUUUUUGUGAAGUUUUCCAAACUGUAGGUGAAAUAAAGUAAGUGUACUGGCUGGAAGUAUUUAUAUUUUGCUGCUGUUUUUGAGUGUGGUGGUAUUGCCACCUCAAAACUUUGUGAGAUUUUUCUCUGUGGGUGUACUCAAUCUGUUUCAGUGAAUUCCCUUAAAUUACCAGCUUCUAGUUGGUCUAGAAGAUUGAAUCAGUAUUUUUAUUAAACCUUUAUAACUACACAUAACAGUGAAGUCCCAUUACUAGAAAUCUCAUAUACUUACCCAUGAUAGUGACUGUCAGUGUGUAAAUGAAGUCUUUGUGAGGAAAAUGUUUAAAAUUGAAUUCACAAUUAAUUCUGUAUAGUAUAUGUAAAACACUGCGUGUUUGUGACAAAAAGUGAUAUGUUACACACUGUUCAGUAUGUUUUAAGACCAAUUACAUUUUAUUGCUGAAAGACAGCUUUUUUGAAUAGAUCACGAAGAUUAAUUCAGUGUGAAGUAUACAAAAGCAUGGAUUGAUGUAUAGAACCCCUUUGUUAUGGCCACUCCCAGAUUUUCUCAUUACCAGUCAAAAUCCACUUGACUGCUAUGAAAACAUACAUUCCUUUGGCUGCAAAACUGGUACUGAACAUGUUUAUCCUUAAAAAGAAAACGGUGAAACCUCCUCUUACUGUAAGCAGAUUUUAAAGAAUUUGUAUACGUGUAGGUAUUUUACACAUCAAUAAAAACCACUUGCUAUAUCCCUGAAAAGCGUAAAGAUUUGUUGUACACAGUUGUGGUAGACAACCCGUACACAGUAAAAUCGUCAUCUUCUGUUAUUGAUUACUGUUUAGUCUAGCGUUCUCAGCUUCGGCUGGGGUUCAAGUGACGGGUGGUAAGCCGACACUACUGAAUUGCUAGUCAUAUGGUAUGUUUGUACAGGAUAAAGGUUUGCCACUUUAAUCCCUGUCGAUCCCCUGUGCGGGCUUUGUUUUGGCGCUGAGGGCCUGUGCCCCAGAGCGUGUGAUCUGGCAUAGUAUUC